AUGGGUGCGAAAAGUCCUUUCAUGAUAUACUAUAAUCAUUAUCGUUCUAAUCGUUCAAGAGCUACUCAUGUACCAUUUUUGCUUGGUGGAUUAGUUGCUUAUGAAAUGUUGUCUCAAUUAAUGAAUGACUUCGUUCAUUAUACUGUUGUUGUAUUGUUUCUAUUGGAUUCUUCUACACUAGAAAUGAUGCCCAGUCAAAAUGAAGAUGCACUAGAUGAAGCAGAUAUAUUAGAUUAUAUUAUCCAUCAUACAUCAAAUGAUUCAUCGUAUAAAUCUAUUGCGAACGAAUUACGAAAAGCAUUUAAUGCCAUAGAAAUGAUUGCAUUAGCUAAAACUUAUUUACUAUCAAAAAUUCAACUACGUCUAACUACUUCUUUAUUGUCUACUUGA